UAUGUUUUAAUAUGUGCAAUGGCGUACACAGGGGGGGUUUGGGUGUUUAACCCCCCCCCCAUUGAUUUUUUAAGGUCCUUUAUUAAAACUGCGAAAAUAGCCAAUAUUUGAAAUUAAUAUUACGACGAUAUAACAUUCAUUAUACUAUAUGUAUAAGCACAAAAUAUCAAAUAUUUUAUAUUUAUACUUGUAUAUUGAAAUAUAGUAGCAUUAUAAAAUAGAUGUUACUGUUGAGAAGUGGUUUAAUCUUAGAUUGCCGACGGACUCGUGAUUGUUUAAAACAAACCCAACUAUAUUUAGAUUACAUUGUAUUUGUCUGUUAUCGGGGCGUCGUCGCAAUAAUAAUUAUGAUCAUCCAUAGUAUUAUAUUUAGUCUAUUUAGUAUUUUGUGCUUGUUAUAUCACUGACGCUAAACAGUAAACCUUGUCGGUUAUUUUAUGUUUUUUCUGUUAUAUUAAUUAUUACUUAAUUUGUUUAAAUAACGAAAAACAAUGAAAAGAAUAAAUGAUUAUUUUUCAUCUGAUUUAAAUAAGAAGAAAAGCAUUGAUCAGAAUGUGAAUGAAAAUUAAUUUUCAUAAUUAAACGAAAAACCAUCAAAUGUAAUCGAUGCAUUAAGGCUAUGUGUUAUUCAAUUAUUUUCCCGAGUAUUCUCAUGUUAUUAAAAAUAUUAUGUACACUGCCAAUAUCAACAGCUACUCCAAAAAGAAUGUUUUCAAAUUUAAAAAGAGUGAAAACUUAUUUGAGAAAUACAAUGAAAGAGGACAGACUGACCAUGUUGUCAAUAUAUCGUGGAAUGCCCUUAACAACCGAAGAGGUUAUUGAUGAGUUGGGACGAAAACCAAUAAAAUUAGAAAUUAUUUUAUAAGUUUAUAAUUUAUAAUAAAACGCAUUUUUUAAGAAUCUUUGUUUUCUACUAGAUAAUAUUUAUUUUUUUUUAGAGCUUUUAGUAUCAACUAUUACAGCUCAGUACUAGGUAAUAUGUUUUUGUUUUUCUAU